GGAUCAUCCAAGUGCGACUCACUAGACUACUCAUGCACAGGGUGCAGUGUAGCCGGUCAUGCUUGCACUUUUGACAUCCCCCCUGGCCAGCGAGGACCCAAAGGAAGGCCUAGGCGCCGCAAUAUUGUCAGUGUCCCAGAUGGCACCGUCCAACAUCAUCACGGUCCCCUCAAUACGUCCUCGUCAUCCUAUGUUACAUCUACCGUGCAUACCGUCGAAACAUCUCCCCAUCCUCCAGCUGCAAUAUCCUCACGAUAUCCUCGUCAUCCGACAACCCUUGAGCGAUACGCACUUCUCGCCGGUGCUGUCGCCCAUGCUUCUUCUUCCUUGACAUCGCUCGAAGCUGUAGCCCGAGAGUGUGCCGACCUCUUCUUCGGGUACAUUGUUCCCUCCAACAUGUCGGUGCACGAACCGAGUUUCCGCCACUCACUAAACCAGGCUUUCGGAACUUCGCCGCCUGGAGUCUCAUUGACCCAGUACGCAUUCACCCUGAUUACUGCAUUAUGUGCCAAGGUUUGUUUCUUUGUGCCCUCGGACCUGUUUCCGAUUGGGCGAUGUCUUGCCGAUACGUUCCUCGAGGCCUCGCGCAGUUGCCUUGCUAGUUUUACCGAUGCCGACUAUGAGAAUCCCUGUGCAGACUCUAUUACCAUUCGUUACCUCCACUCUAACUGCCUACACACCUGCGCAAGGCCGAUGGUCUCAUGGAAUGUGUUUGGCGAGGCCGUUCGACUCGUUCAGCGAAUGCGCCUCCAUGAUGAAGAUUCGUAUGCCUCGCUCCCUACGCUUGAGGCAGACAAGCGUCGAAAUGCCUUUUGGCAGGUAUACAUAGGGGACAAGUCAUUGGCUGUGCUCCGAUCUAUGCCAAUAACGAUAUAUGACUACUCUUUCGAGGAGGGUAUAACGACAACCUAUCCAUUGAGCGGCCAAAACGAGUGCGUCGCCCCUGGAGAGUGGGAGCUCCCUUGGACUAAUGUGAAUUAUAGGUUGACUGUAGGCUCAAAUGCUGGUAUACGACUUUGGCGAUACGCUACAGACUUGUUGCUGCGAAUGAGACUAAUCAAAAAGGACCAGACUGUUGAUCCGAACCUGCAGCAUCAGCCUUUGACACCAACCAAUCAUACCACCCUGGGCGAGCUUUACGUUCGCUUUGCAACCUGUAUUGACGACCUACCGCCACAUAUCCUGCCAAACAGCGAGGCCUUUUCUGGAAGCCAUGGCAAUACCACACGCAAAGCGUUUACGGCCCAGAUAGCAGAUCUACAGGUAACCUACCACUGUUUAAAGAUGCAUCUUACCCAGAAACUCGAGGAAAUCGGAUAUUUUUCUUUCACCGGAGAGUGCAGGGAUAUGCUUGUACUCAAAAAAACUGAGAUUGCGGGAGACAUGAUUCGUCUCUUGCAAAGUAUACCGUUUUGGUCCUUACAUGUCAACGGGGAGCCUUGUGCUGAAAAGAUUCGUUUGGUUGGCGCGAGCUUACUUGCCAUAAGUCAGGAGGAUUCGUCUUUAGCAACAAGAGCUCGCCGCGACUUCAAAGUACUCCUCGAUAUUUUAUCCCAACUUGACUCUAAAGCGUCGGAUACCUUACGCCGAGAAUACCCUUAG